AUCAGUUUUAUCAAGACCGUCUUGGAGUCUCUGUCGGCACCUGGGGAACACAGCUGAGUUUAACGACCUUAUACAAUAUGAGGAUACAGGUGGUUGUUUUCCUGACCUUCUCUACCGUUGCACUAUCAAUAAUCCCAAGAUCACCUCCUCAGAACCCAGGUAGACCAGAACCCGAGGAAUAUAGCACCACCGAAAAGUCUGUCGGAAAGGUCCCAAGUAAUCAUGAUCAACCCUUGGAUUCCAUCUCGGAUCCGAGUAAUGACUCAUUAACACAGCCGGUUAUGGAAAUAUUUGACAGCUAUGAAGAUAGUCCUGGUAGCGCCAUAGGUAUACUUGAUAAUAACGCCAUAGCACCAGUGCACGGGACUAAAAUCAGACAAGAAAUGGAAACUCCAACAAAAACAGAACAGGAGGGUUCUGACACCGAAAACAAGCCUGCUAACUCCGGGUCCUGGCGAUUCUCAGUGAACACGGCUGUUGUUACCAUGGCAAUCGCAUAUGGCAUGGCGACAGGUAUUUUUACUCUCAUAUGAAUUGUUAUGGAUAUUGGGAGACAUAUCGCCAUUAGGAUGAGUUUGUAUAGACAUUGGAGAUAUAACGCCAUUGGGACGAGUUUGUAUAGACAAUGGAGAUGUAACGCCAUUGGGACGAGUUUGUAUAGACAUUGGAAAUAUAGAUUGGAGAUGUAACGCCAUUGGGACGAGUAUGUAUAUACAUUGGAGUAUAUCACCAUUGGGACGAGUAUGUAUAGAUUGUGGCGAUAUAUCGCUAUUACGAGUAUGUAAAUACAUUGCAGAAGUAUCGCCAUUGGAACGAAUAUGUAUAGACGAUGGGGAUUUAUCGCCAUAGGGACGGGUUUGAAUAGAAAGUGGCGAUAUUCACUGUGAUGCAAGUUUGUUGUAAUUUUAUUUUUAUGCUAAAUUUCCACAGAUGAGAUAUAUAUCGCCAUUGGGACGACUUUGUAAUAAGUUGUUGAUAGUAGUAGGAAUAAUCGCUCAUGACAGUGACGAGUUAUCAUAUAGGUAUCCUAGGGAAUAUCUCUCCAUUAUCAUUAGACGACUCCGUACU